CAGAGUGGAGGCUGCAGUGGCCACCAUCUGCGGCAGAAGCCAGCCAGCUAGCCAAGCCCCACGCCAGCUAGCCAAGCCGACCAAACCGCCGCAGCCCUGGCUGGGAGGGAUCUUGCAGCAGGCAGGCAGGCCGGAGCCAGAGGAGGAGGAGGAGGAGGCUGGUCCGAGCCAGAGCCAGACCUGGGCCUCGUGGAAGCCAUGGAUCGGAAGAGGUGGGAGUGCUCAGCCCUCCCGCAGGGAUGGAAAAGGGAAGAAGUGACCAGGAAAUCGGGGCUCUCCGCCGGCAAGAGCGAUGUCUAUUAUUAUAGCCCGAGCGGGAAGAAAUUCCGCAGCAAGCCGCAACUGGCACGUUACUUGGGCAACUCCAUGGACCUGAGCACGUUUGACUUCCGGACGGGGAAAAUGCUCAUGAGUAAAGUGAACAAAAACCGGCAAAGGAUGCGCUACGAUUGCUCCAGCCAAGCAAAGGAUAAACCCGACCUAAACACAGCACUUCCCGUCAGGCAGACGGCUUCGAUCUUCAAACAGCCGGUCACGAAGAUCACUAACCACCCCAACAAUAAAGUGAAGACGGACCCACAAAAGGCGGUUGACCAACCCCGCCAGCUCUUCUGGGAGAAGAAGCUAAGCGGUCUAAACGCCUUUGAUAUUGCAGAGGAGCUGGUGAAAACGAUGGACCUUCCGAAAGGUUUGCAAGGGGUAGGGCCCGGCUGCACUGACGAAACGCUUCUUUCGGCCAUUGCUAGUGCCCUGCACACCAGUACUAUGCCCAUCACCGGACAGCUUUCCGCUGCUGUGGAGAAGAACCCAGGAGUCUGGCUAAACACCUCCCAGCCCCUCUGCAAAGCUUUCAUGGUGACCGAUGAAGAUAUCAGGAAACAGGAGGACCUGGUUCAGCAAGUGCGGAAGAGGCUCGAAGAAGCACUGAUGGCGGACAUGCUUGCUCACGUGGAGGAGAUAGCGAGGGAUGGCGAGACCCCUACGACGAAGGGUGAGGGCAACGAAGAUGGCGAGGAGGAGGAGGAGGAAGAGGAGGUGGAUCGGGUCCAGGAGAUGGAGAGUGUAUAGUCCAGGGCAGCCCUCUUGCGAAUUCUAACCUAGACCCCGGCCACACCGAGGCAAGCGUGUCUUCAGACGGCAUCACCCACCAAACUACGUGGCUCUGUGUGUGAACGUGUUUGGCCUCUUCUCGCAGAAUGCCAGAAAAACCAGUCGCUCAGUAGAUCCUGAGUAGUUUGAAGAAGGACUUUACUAAACCCAUACUUUUUCUCUUCCCGCAUCCUUUUUUCUUUUCCUUUCUUUUUCAAAAGUAUCACAGGGUAGGUCGGGAAAGGAGGAUUGAUACUGGAAAAACGAUACGCCUAACCCUCCAUCUUCUUUCCUGGCCAGUGAUGUGAUUUGAGGAAGCUUCCUAUUCCCUCUUUAAAAUUAGCCCCACGUGUUUCAGGGCUAUUAUUUCCUUUGGUUUAACCCAAAGAGGUCUGAAGAGUUCAAGACUCCGACCGUAUUUUGAGUUGUAGAAAAUCCAUUCCACUUGUGAAAUCUUGCCGUGGGAACUUCGUUUUCUCCUCUGACUUUUGGGUCUUUGAAGGUUUGUUUGCCUUGAUUUCCCCCCCUUAAAAUAUCCCAGAGGUGGUAGGUGCCUUCCUGUGCGGUGCCGGAUUGGGAAGCUCACCCCCUGGACCAUUUAUUGAUUUACUCUUUAAUUAAAAGUACCCUCUUCCGAGUGAACAGUGAACCGUACUGCGGACACUGGAGACAGAAGUGUCUGGGCUUCACAUGGAACUCUUCUAGUGCAAGUGGGGUUUUUUUUAUAUAGAAACGUUUAAGUUUGUUGUAGAAAGAAUGGUGAUGGAGAACAUUUUUAUAACGGAAAGGUGCUGUAUGACAGAAAUUGUUCUCCUGCUGCGAUGGUACCUCUCCCAUAUCCUUUUGACUGGAUGCUAGGGUGUGGGGCGGGGGGCUGCCUUUGUCUUGCAUAUAAUUACAUCCUUUUUAAAAAGGAAAAAAAUAAGUAUCAAAAUGGCUAAUGUGCACUUGAGAACGGAGCUGACCGAUAAAGUUGCGAAACGAUGCAGAAUUUGCCUUAAUGGGUUUGGCAUCAAAGGGGUGGGGGGGGGUGGGGGGGUGGACAUUGGAAGAUGAAAAUGCUGUCUUUUGUCUCUUACCUGCUUACACACACACACACACAAUUCCUGAAUAUAUUUUAAUAUUCCAUCUACCGUUAAAACGCUACCCAAAUAUGGUAGCACCACAUCUCCGAUUCCAAAGUGUGUACUUCCAAGAGAGGGAACCCUUCUGCCCUGCCCAGUUCCUUGACCAUUCUCAAUGCUGAAUUUCGUUUACUGCGGAAGGGCGGGGUUUUGUAUGUCUUUUUAAAAAAAUAAAUUUCACAUUUGAGUCUGUCGCCAGGCCCCCCCCAAUAGCCCCUCUUGUUAUUUUAGACUUCCAACAAAGAAAGCGAUCUUCACGGAAUUAUUUUCAAAUGAUUGAGCAGCAGUCCGUGGUAUUCCGUAAUUUAAACAAACACAUACUUUUACUCUCUUGUACGCACACACACACUCCGCUUGGUUUCUUUUCUCCAUACUCCGUUAUCUGUUUGGAGUUCCUUCUCGGCAGAGAACUCCCAGAAAAACUCCUGAACGGCUCCUUUAAACGUUCUAAGAUGUAAAAUCGUGCCGGCAAGCUUUGUGCUUUAAUGUUGCUGUGGCAAAAAUAGCUACUACUGUGCAAAUAUGUAAGAUAAGACCUGUAGGUGAGAGAAAUCACCGUUUUGCUUCCUUCAGGGUGUCCUCUCAUACCUAGCGGGUCAGAUCAGACAUAUGUUUCUGUAUUUUUUAAAGGAAACAACGUCAUUUGGUAGUGUGAUGGUCAACUCUUAGAAGAUUCCACCUACGUUUGUAUAUUUUCAAAUACACCAUCUUCCCACACCGCUGAUACGUACUUCCAAUUGUAAUAGCAUCUUAAUGUACAGUCUUGUUGGGGAAUAUUAGUUUUAUAAUA